AUGAGUCAGGUCUUUUGCGAGGUAUGGCCUUACCAGCAUCCUCUGCGGGAGCCAAUUGCUCUUAGGCGUGGCAAAGCUGCCGUAGCCGUAGAUCUGGUUUACACACACACACACACACACACCAUUCUUUCAACAUACACCCUCAGACCCCUGAGAAAGUACCAUGCAGAUGCUCCCUCUGGCGUUCGGACUGGUGCGAACAGUGAUCACCCGAAAGCUGCGUUCGCAACAGGAGAAAGGAAGCACGGAACAAACAAAGUGAACCAUCCAGUCAAAUUAGGAAGGACAUUAGGGUUCAGGAAACGUGAUAUUGCUAUCCUAUACCUAAGUGACAUUCUCACCUCUCAGUUCAACAACCAUCUCCAAGCUCACCAUGCAAGGCCCCAAAAUUGUUAUUUCCGUGGACUACGGUACUACUGGUUCAGAUUCCUCAAGGCACAGAGACAGUUAACACCUGGCCACGGCACGGCAGUCCAACCGAGCGGAAAGCGAAGGCUAAUUCCGUCGUCAACUGAAAGUAUAACCGGGACGGGAUUUGUACUCUACAGUGGUAUACAUUACUUGUUUGCUGCUGUUUUUCGGGUUUUCCGUGAAAAAGACGGUUUUAGAUAUGUGCUCCUGAACGUCAAUGGCCAGAGACGAAAGGUGAUGGGCCUGGGCCUGGGAAUGAUAUCGACUACUCAUCUACCAGAUGUGGCUCUCAACAGGUUGUACAAGAAUCGUCUUGAUUUGAUGCUCUAUUGGAUAACAUUGGGCAACCACAUUCUGUUAACCGGUGCGGGGGCUAUUGAUGCCCAAGUGGCGUGUUAUGAAGCUUAG